UUUGCCAAAAUAUAAAUAUAUGCUGCUGAAUUCGACCACGCCAGCGUCGGUCGUCUUCUCCGGCUCCGGUAGACCGUCGGCGUCACUUGCCACUCACGUCCAGUAGCCAUUUCAUUUCAAUCCAAUGUUUCUGAGAGCUCCGCUGCUUAAGGUUUCAUCAUUUUACUCGAUCCCAUGUUAUCCUCUGGUUCCCUUAUCUCUCUAUUCCUCGGUUUUUUCUUCUUCUCGCACACCAUUUCCUAUCCGAUGCCACGCAUCUCUCCCCGCAGCCCACGAACCAUCUUCUUCAGCUCCUCCGCCUCACUCCCCCGAGGCGGCUGAUAAUCGCUGGAGGCCCAUGUGUUUGUAUUACACGCAGGGCAAAUGCACAAUGAUGGAUGACCCACUCCACCUAAAGAAGUUCAAUCAUGAUAUCUCCAGGGUGCUUCAAGUAAAUGCUAGGUCAAACCAUACGCGAACUCAGAGUCAGGAUAUUGAUUUUUUUCUGGUACUUGAUUUGGAGGGUAAAGUUGAAAUUAUUGAGUUUCCAGUCAUAUUAGUCAGUGCCAAGACAUUGGGUGUGACAGGUUUUUUCCACAGGUUUGUUAGGCCAUCAAACAUGAGUGAACGAAGGAUCAAUGAAUACAUUGAAGGAAAAUAUGGAAAAUUUGGAGUUGAUCGUGUCUGGCAUGACACAGCCAUAUCAUACAAGGAAGUUAUUCAACAGUUCGAAGAUUGGCUAGUUGAGCAUCAGCUAUGGAAGAAGGAACUGGGUGGGUGUCUUGAUCGAGCAGCAUUUGUGACAUGUGGCAACUGGGAUAUAAAAACUCAGGUUCCACAUCAAUGCAGCGUGUCGAAUAUAGAACUUCCCAACUAUUUUAUGGAGUGGAUCAACAUUAAAGAUGUCUAUCUCAACUUUUACCAAAAGAAGGCGACAGGAAUGACGACGAUGAUGAGACAACUCGAAAUACCCUUGUUAGGAAGCCAUCAUCUUGGUAUAGAUGACACAAAGAACAUUGUGAGAGUUCUACAGAGAAUGGUUGCUGAUGGUGCACGUUUGCAGAUCACAGCACGUAGGAAUCCUAAUUCUCCUCAGCAUGUUAAAUUUCUUUUUGAGAACCGUAUUUAAUGGUUUUUUGAUUAAUAUUUGUCUGGAUGAUCUAUGGAUUAUAAACUAUAGGAGAUCUCAUCUUUCUGUGAAAUUAUGAACUUGUUAAGAUGUAUUUUUUUAGUCAGUUAUGUU